AUGACAACGAAGAUUUCGUGCGCUCCGUGGAGAGCCACGCGCGUUGCCGGCGAAAGAGGCUCGAGCUCCGUCAACGACAUAUUGCUAGAAGCUUCGGUGGGUAACAUACCUGUCUCAACCGAAGCAAUAGCCAGCGCUUGCGAGGACGCCGCGACUGACGUCGAGGAAGUCAAGUUCAUUCCCGAUCUCGACUUCUGGGACCCGACGGCGUCCCGCCUGCGGAAGAAUGUCACGCCAUCGUUCCAAUGUCUGCACCAGAUCAGGCGCGACGUAAUGGACCUUUACGCUAAGCCUAUUCCCGGAGUAAGCAUUGUACCUGAUGACAGAGACAUCACAAGAAUAUACGGCCUCUUGCUCGGGCCUGCGGGUACGCCGUAUGAAGGUGGAUUUUUCCGUUACUUCGUGAAAUGCCCACCAGACUUCCCAGCCCAUCCCCCUCGCGUCAAGCUUUUGACAACCGACGGCGGACGAGUAGGGUUCGCGCCGAACCUGAACGAAGACGAAAUGAUCUGCUUGUCUCUCGUGGGUACAUGGCCGGGACCCGUAUGGAGCCCUUACGAGCACAGUCUUAGGACGGUGCUGAUUGCCCUCAAGUCGAUCAUGACGGACGACCCAUUCAACAACGUCCCGGCUCUGGUAAGGGGCAAAGAAGACGAAGCCGGAGCAUACAAGGACUACUUGCUGCACGAGACCCUCAGAGUGGCCGUGAUAGAGGAGGUUGCGUCCGCCCUCCAUCCAGACUCCUCGUACAAGCCAGAGCACAGGAAAUUUAUUCUUGUGACAUUCCUGAAGUCCUACAAAGCACAUUUGCGCACCGUACGGCUCCAGAUACGGCGCAUGGUAAACAAAGGGAGAGAUCCGUUCAGAGGUCGCACGACCAGGUAUGAUUAUGAUUUUAUUCUUAUCCGCCUGGAGCGCUUGUACGACGCCGUGUCAGAGCUCAACGAGAAGGGCAUCUUCGACAAAAAAGUAGACUUAGUUGAAUACUUGAGGGUUCGUCUCCAUGGCCCGCCACGUUGA